ACACUUAGCACAACAUCAGAGUUAUCUAAGCAGGUUUAAAAUAAUUACAGGAUUAAUGUUUAAGCCUCAUAAAAUGUUUUAUUAGUGAUAUACUUCCCCUCUCGCAUCAAUCCCACCAUGCUCCACAUGUGUAACACCGCCCCCUGAAGGUGCGAGAAUGUUAAAAUGCCCAACUUCACAACAAAAAUAAGCAUGUUCGCAGCCUGGUCUCCACAGCUACAUUUCCCAUUCAUGAGACCUUUACAGGGGUAAAAUUUUAUGCAACUUAUCAGUUAAAAUUACAUUAAGCUAUAAAAUUCAGCAUAAUUGAUUUGAGUGACAGCUACAGUAUGUGACCAUUUAUGGAUCGAUGAGGGGUUUAGGCAGAGCCAACGGCAGGGCUUCAGAAAACCUAUGAAUGACAUCACAGGGGGUUUGUCCAGAUCUUAUACUGUCUACAUGUGUGUCUCGGGGGAAACACGCCAUUAAAUUUGUAUAUAAAUCUCAGUUCUGUAACAGUUUUGAAGACAAUUAUUGAAUUCAGUGGUUCAUGUUUUAUUAUAAAUGAACAAUUGAGUUUUCAUUUAAAGAAAAAAGUUCAGUAUACUGUCGAUUAGCCUGCCAUCAGUAGGCAGCGUCUACCCUCACCUUUUAUGUCCCACUGCGAGUUUAUAAUACAGUAUAUCUGCUGAAACAAUGGAGCAGCACGAGGAGCGUCAGGCUACGUUCACAGGUAACGGAAGUUUCACGCGGGUGUCAGGAUCUGCACCUGAUACAGUAGUGAUCUAGUACUUCUUAAGAAGAAAGAAGGAAAAUCAGAAAUCCACAAGGUUGGAUUCCAAGCUCUGAUAAAACAGAGAGUCGCAUCAGGAAGGACAUCAGCACAAGACCUGCGAUAUAUGAUCCACUGUGGCGACCCCUAGUCAGGAAAGGAGCACCAUGUCCCCGACUCCAUUUAAGAACCAGCACUACGACAUCCUGAAGAAGGAAUGUCAGGAAAAGAAGCAGCUGUUUGAGGAUCCUGAGUUUCCCUGCAACAACACCUCGCUGUUCUACAGAAACCCUCUGCCCGGGAGAGUCGAGUGGAAGCGGCCGGGGGAGAUCGCCGAGAACCCUCACCUCUUCGUCGAAGGCAUCAGUUCUCAUGACCUGAAUCAGGGUGAAGUGGGAAAUUGCUGGUUUGUUGCAGCUUGUUCCUGUUUGGCUCUUAAACCAGAUCUGUGGCAGAAGGUGAUUCCUAACUGGAAAGAGCAGGAGUGGGAUCCCAAACAUCCAGAGCGCUACGCAGGAAUCUUCCGCUUUCAGUUCUGGAUUUUCAGGGAGUGGACCGAAGUGGUUGUCGAUGACCGUUUGCCCACCAUCAAUGGGAAGCUGAUUUACUGCCACUCCAAAUCCAGAAAUGAGUUCUGGAGCGCUCUUCUGGAAAAAGCAUAUGCCAAAUUGUCGGGCUGCUACGAAUCGCUCAGUGGAGGGAACACAGGAGACGCCGUGGUGGAUUUCAGUGGCGCGGUAAAUGAACCCGUCAGUCUGGAAACAGGACACUACCGGACUGACCCCAAGGAGAAGGACAAAUUGUUCUCAGACCUGCUCCAAGUGUACGAAAUGGGAGGCAUCAUCAGCUGCUCAAUAGUGGCAUCUCCUCAUGAGCGGGAGCUGCGUUUGGCAAAUGGUCUGGUCAAAGGUCAUGCAUACUCUGUGACUGCGGUGAAGAGAGUGCGCCUGGGACAUGGCCUGCUGGCUUUUUUUAAGAAUGAAACCAUCCCUCUCAUCCGCAUGAGGAACCCCUGGGGCAAACAUGAGUGGAAUGGAGCCUGGUGUGACAGCUCAGAGGAAUGGCAAAAGAUCGGCAAUAUGGAGAGAAACAAUCUGGGUAUUACUGUGGAGGAUGAUGGAGAAUUUUGGAUGUCUUAUGAUGACUGGUGUCAGAACUUCACGGAUGCAGAUGUGUGCCGGUUGCUAAGUGUCCAGAAGAAGUGGAACGAGGUGGUGCAUUUUGGGAACUGGAUAAAACACUCAGAUCCUCUGAAGAACCGGUGUGGUGGCUGUAUGAACCAUAGGCAGACAUUCUUACAGAACCCACAGUAUGUGUUGGAUAUAACUCAAGUUCAUGAAGAGCUGCUUGUGUCACUGCAGCAGAAAGAUAUGAAGAUCCACAGACCUCGUGGUGCCGGUGAAAACCUCACUAUUGGAUUCGCCAUAUUUAAGGUGGAGCUGAACAGAAAGUACCGCAUGCAUGACAUCAUCACCCAGCAGACAGUCGCCACGUCCAUGUACAUCAAUGCACGCUCGGUGUUCAUGAGAAAAGUUUUGCAAAAGGGUCGUUAUGUCAUCAUCCCGACCACCUUCAAACCCGACACCCUGGGAGAGUUCAUGCUCCGGGUUUACACCGAGGAAGAUGCCGGGUGCAGGGAGCUGGAUCUAGAUAAACCCCAAGUGAGCUGCUGGAGUUCGUUUCGAGGUUACCCUCAGGUGGUUACUCAGGUUUACAUUCACGGAGCAGAAGGACUUGACAAUCAAGACCGAAAUGGAGGUGCGGAUCCCUAUGCCAUCGUUUCCUGCGAGAAAAAUUCAGUCCAGUCCCUCGUUCAGAAAGACACGCGUGACCCUGUGUUCGACACCAGAGCCGUGUUUUACAGGAGGAAACCACAGAAACCGAUAACCAUCCAGAUCUGGAACAGGAAUGCGGUGAAGGACGAGUUUAUGGGUCAGGUGGUUCUCCCAGCGUCUCUAAAAGACUCUGCACAGCCACAGAAGCUGAAGCUGAGACGAGGAGCGUCUGAGACGUCUGAGGAGAUGCCGGGGACCAUCAGCGUCCGAGUCGUCACGUCCAGAGAGCUCACGGCCAUGUAGCUUUAACACACUUGCUUUAACACACUCUGAGACUGGGAUUCUAAUCAGGGUUUGUUUAGUUAGUUACAUCUAAACUAACCUGGGGCGCCUCCACACACCCCAGGGCAAUCGGAUCUGGAGCGGUUUCAGAUAUAAUAAUACCCUGGUAUGGAGGUCUGAUUGGUUGAUUAUAUUUUUAAAAGUAUAUAAACGCAGACCACAGUAAGAGUUCAAGGCUUUUAUGCUUACAGUAAAAUGCCGUCUUUCUUAAGAUGAUGAUAAAUCUAAAUGUUUAAGUGUUUGUACAAUUUGUAACUAAAGCUCUUUUAUUUCAAUUAUUCCUUUUUUGUCUGUGGAUUAAUAAACUGCCCAUAUUAAAUACAGUGGGAUGCGUAAGUUUGGGCACCCUUGUUAUUCUUCAUGAUUUUUCUGGAUAAAUCGUUAAUUGUUACGAUAAAAAAAUAAAUCAGUUAAAUUUAUCAUAUAGGAGACACAGUGAUAUUUGAGAAGUAAAAGUUAAGCUCAGUGACGCCUGACCUCCAUACACAGGUGAAUCCAAUUAUAAGAAAGAGAAUUUUAGGAGGGCAAUUGUAAGUUUCCCUCCUCUUUGAAUAUUCUGUGAAGAGUAGCAACACGGGGGUCUCAAAACAACUCUCACAUGACCUGAAAACAAAGACUGUUCACCAUCAUGGUUUAGGGGAAGGAUACAGAAAGCUGUCUCAGAGAUUUCAGCUGUGUGUUUCCACAGUUAGGAACGUAUUGAGGAAAUGGAAGACCACAGGCACAGUUCAAGUUAAGACUCGAAGUGGCAGACCAAGAAAAAUCUCGGAUAAACAGAAGCGACGACUGGUGAGAACAGCCAGAGUCAACCCACAGACCAGCACCAAGAUGCAGAUGGAGUCACUGUGCAUCGUUCAACUAUUCUCCGCACUUUACACAAUGAGAUGCUGUAUGCGAGAGUAAUGCAGAGGAAGCCGUUUCUCCGCCCACAGCACAAUCAGAGCCGCUUGAGGUACGCUAACGCACAUUUGGACAAGCCAGCCUCAUUUUAAAAUAAGGUGCUGUGGACUGAUGAAACUAAAAUAGAGUUAUUUGGCCAUAACAAGGGGCGUUAUGCAUGGAGGAAAAAGAACACAAGAUUCCAAGAAAAGCACCUGCUACCUUCAGUAAACUAUGGUGGUGGUUCCAUCAUGCUGUGGGGCUGCGUGACCAGUGCAGGGACUGGGAUUCUUGUCAAAGUUGAGGGAUGCAUGGAUUCCACUCAAUAUCAGCAGAUUCUGGAGACCAAUGUCCAGGGAUCAGUGACAAAGCUGAAGCUGCGCCAGGGCUGGAUCUUUCAACAAGACAACGACCCUAAACACUCCUCAAAAUCUACUAAGGCAUUCAUGCAGAGGAACAAGUACAAUGUUCUGGAAAGGCCAUCUCAGUCCCCAGACCUGAAUAUAAUUGAAAAUCUGUGGUGUGAGUUAAAGAGAGCUGUCCAUGCUCGGAAGCCAUCAAACCUGAGUGAACUAGAGAUGUUUUGUAAAGAGGAACGGUCCAAAAUACCUUCAACCAGAAUCCAGACUCUCAUCGGAAGCUGAGCAAAAGGAGAAUCUACUAAAUAUUAAGUUCAUUUCUUUUUUGUGGUGCCAAUUUAUGCACCUGCCUAGUUUGGUUUAAACAAUUAUUGCACACUUUCUGUAAAUCUUAUAAACUUUGUUUCAUUUCUCAAAUAUCACUGUGUGUGUCUCCUAUAAUAUAUAUUUAACUGAAUUUUUUUUAUCGAAACAACCAGCGAUUUAUACAGGAAAAUCAUGAAGAUUACCAAGGGUGCCCAAACUUAUGCAUCCCACUGUAUUGCCUUAAUAAUCAAACAUAAUCACAUUACAGUAGCAUGUUUGCCGAUGACAUUGUGCUUUGUAGUGAGAGCAGAGAACAGGUGGAAGAAAAUUUGGAGAGGUGGAGGUAUGCUCUAGAAAGCAUGAAUAAUUUAAUCAAAAAUUGCAAAAUCAUAAACAUUUUUUAAGAAAUACUAGCUUUACUUUACUUGAGGUAAAUAAAGUAGAUUGUGUUUAAUGAA